ACGUACAUAGUCAGGAGAGUCGGUCUAACUGGGAUCUCAGAGGUUGGGCAACGCGCUCCCUCGAAACGAAUUAUUGGCACCGAAUAGAUGGACCGAUUCUACCGAUGACAUUCGACUUUUCAAUGAAAUUACAAGGAUAUUACGGCGAUGAACAUGCCAAGAACAUAACACUCAUGGAGACAAUUUUCUGCCGAGGGUGUUGACGCAGUGUCCAGUCAGCUGACAGCGGUGGGAAAGUGAUCUCUGAGACGUUGGUGACGACGGCACCAUCUUUGAAGCCGCGCCGUGGAAAAACAGGAAAGGACGUGUCGGAAAGGGAUUUGUGUGGAAUAAAACAGUGUGUGCACAUUUUUCGCGUGUGCCGCAUUGUUUGUGGAAGUGUUGUUGCGCCACCAAGGCAUUUGAACUUUCGGACUGUCGGAGUUGGUCGGAUUCUGAAAACAGCAAGCCCCAUCCCCUGCUGUUGGAAACUGAGGAAAAAACUCCACGCUCCCUUUUUGUCUGUCUGUCCUGUUGUCUUUUGUCCUUGAAGUUCUCUGACCUACCUGCCUGCUGGUCUCGCUCCUCUCCUCCUUUCCUUUCCCUGGCCCCUUGUUGUUUUUUUCUUCCUCUCUGACUCUCUCUCUCUCUCUCUCUCUCUCUCUCUGUCGCUCCCCCUCUCUUCUCGCUCACCCUGUUGCAAGACUUUGCUCUCUGCUGCCCCGGGGGGAAGGUUCCGGAGAUGUCCGCCAAGGCCCCCAUCUACCUGAAGCGCCGCAGCCGCAAGGGCAAGAAGGAGAAGCUGCGCGACCUCCUCUCCUCCGACAUGAUCAGCCCGCCGCUCGGAGACUUCCGCCACACCAUCCACAUCGGCAGCGGCGGCGGCGCCGACGACCUCUUCGGCGACCUCUCCUUCCUGCAGGGCAAGUUCCACCUGUUGCCCGGGCAACAGGGCCGCCACGCCCUGUCGCAGUACGCCGCCGGCGGCAGCGGCGACGACUUCCAGUUCAGCCGCACGUCCAGCGUGAGCGGCCACCUGCCGUCGUCCGAGAGCUCGCCGCUGCUCAAGAACGCGCUGUCCCUCCCGGUCAUCGGCAGCGUGCAGGCCCUCACGCUGCCCUCCACCAUCUCCGCCGCGCCCCAGCUCCCUCCGUCGCCCCCGCGGACCACCGCUCCCCGCUCCCCUCCCCCGCCCCCCAACCAGGCUCCGCCUCCCAAGCCUCCCAGGCUGCACCUGGAGGACCGCGCCCUGACGUCGUCGCCUCCGCCUCGUCCCACGCUGGCGUCCCCGGAGCGCACCACCACCACCACCACCACGUCGUCCUCGCGCUUCAGCCCCACGCGCUCCAUCGACGACGACAGCUUCCCCGGCACCCCCGAGGAGGACACGGGGCUCCAGGAGCGUCCGUACCUGUCCCACGCCGGCUCCCUGCUCUCCCUGCACCUGGACCUGGGCCCGUCCAUCCUGGACGAGGUGCUCCAGAUCAUGGACAGCCAGCACCUGGGGGGGCUCAACGGGGGCUGCAUGUCGGGGGGCAGGCAGGAGAUCUACACCUGAAGACAAUAUCCCCCACCCUCACCCCCACCCUUAACAAAAACACUUCCACCCCUAUCCCUUCGCCUCAUUUGACUGCUGCAGCCACCCAAACCCCUCCAGUACCCUCCUCCAACUCUCUCACACACACUCACACACACUCACACACACAUGUGUUGUGUCCCAACACUCCUCUACUCUAUCGAUAUAUACAUCAGUCCUCCCCCUUGGAAAGUAUGUCCGAAGUGUUUUACAGUCUCCCACUCCAACUCUGGCCUGCUGAAACACUUGGAUUGAUGUGAUCGUUUGUGUUUUUCGUGCUCUCUCAGAGGAGGAGAGAGCAGCGAUAGAGAAGCCGCUUUCCCAACUGCUGCUUAUUAUAUUUCAGAGUGAUUUAUUUUCUUUCUUUGUCUCUCUUCUGUGUUUUUUUUUUCUUCAAUGAGACUCUUCUGCUGACUUCUACACGCUGUGAAACAAAAGACCCUAAAACACAACUGAGCUCCAACUCUAUGGCUGAGCUUCGUGUCCUCCCUGUCCCCAGCUUCUCUGUACUUCUCUUCCUCAUUAAACAGAAUGAACUGCUGGUCAGACUGUUAAAAAAAACAUGAACUUGAUGAGAAUUGUGU